GCCUUUAAGCCCGGGCUCGGGCGGUCGUAGUGUGCUUUCGCCGCCUGCGAGCUGACCGGCAGCUGUCCCGCGCGCUCUCCUCCGCGACCCGCGUCCCCACCCCUCCGUGCCCCGCGCCCCCGGCUCGGCUCGCUGCCUUGCGCCCACCGCUCGGGCCAUGCCCCGCUACGAGUUGGCUUUGAUUCUGAAAGCCAUGCAGCGGCCAGAGACUGCUGCUGCUUUGAAACGUACAGUAGAGGCCCUGCUGGACCGAGGAGCCAUAGUGAGGAACCUGGAAAACCUGGGCGAGCGUGCACUUCCUUAUAGGAUCUUCAGCCACAACCAACAGCACAGGAGAGGGGGGUAUUUCUUGGUGGAUUUUUAUGCCCCGACAACUGCUGUGGACAACAUAUUGGAGCACCUGUUUCGAGACAUUGAUGUGGUUAGACCGAAUGUUGUAAAACACCCUCUGACCCAAGAGGUAAAGGAGUGUGAGGGCAUUGUCCCGACCUCACUUGAAGAGAAGCUGUAUUCAACGAAGAGGAGAAAGAAGUGAGAAAGAAGUGAGAGGAGGCGCCGUUUCCUCCCUCUCGUUUAAUUCUAAGUGAAUUCGGGUGCUGUUUGAUCAUUUUUCUGGGAUGUUUUGCAUCUUUAUCCCCUGAGCUUCCAGAGGUGGGGAAGCUGCUCCCUGGGAGCUGCUCUGGCACCUGCGGUGACCCAGUAGACCAGUCUUGAUACAUUGGGUUGGUGUAAUUUGUCAGCGAGGACUCCCUUAUCAUUGCAGCACUGUUUUCAAGAGCAAAAUGUGUAGGUCCAUUAAAUUGUAAACUUGUCGUUCAGACUGUGUUGACAUGCCAAAAUGGAUGGAAAACAGAGAUCAGAGUAAUAAACAUGAUUUACCAACCCUGA